UUUUUACUGUAAAAAUACUAUCCCCUAAUUUAAAACGAAUAAAACGUAGUAAGUUUAGUAGAAUCUAGUAUUUAGUAACACAUAUGAAAGCAUAAAUGACUUUUUAACUUUUUCAAACUCCAAAAAAUAGCAAAAAAAUGGAUGUAUGGACAAGAGUUACUGAUAAAAAAGAGUUAAAUAAAACACCAACAAAACUUAUUACUCAAACAAUUAACUUAAAUGGAGUUGAAGAUACGCAAGCAGUAGAAAUUGUGGGCCAAGAUGUGAUUGUAAAUUGUACGCGAGGUGUUCAUAAUCAUGGGAGUUCGAAAGUUAAGUUGAAGAGUAUUGUCGAUUAUAAUUGGGAGUCUAGAUUGUAUAUGGGACAAUUGGUUUCUGUACAUAUGAGUGGCAAAUAUAUUGCAUAUGGAAUUAAAGUACAGAAAGCUGCACAAAAUAUUGGAAUCGUUCGUGUGGCUAGUCGAGAUAGUGAACAACGUGCUCUGUUACGUGGUAUGAAAGGACAGAUACAAGAUAUUGCUUUCGCAUACAUUCCAACUCAAUACAUCCUUGGAUGUGUGGAUGAAGAAGGCUCAUUAUUCGUUCACAAUGUGGAUCACGAUGAAGAUAAAAAUAUUAUAUGUACGCUACUAUUGCAUAUUGUCCAUACACCGGAUCCAACUAUGAAUCCAAUGUAUCAUCGAAUACUAUGGUGUCCGUAUUUACCAGACGAGGAACCAAAUUGUGAACCCGAUGAAGAUACAGCUAAAUUAUUGGUUUUAACGCAAGGAAGCAAAGCUGAAAUGUGGAAUGUGGCUCAAGUGAAUAAGUAUAAAGGUGCCGGUCCACAUCAACCUAAUGAUAUUGAAGAAGGUUUUCUGGAAAUCAAUGCACAUAAAUUACCAAUAAUUGAUGCAGCAUUUUCACCAGAUGGAACGGCUCUAGCAACGGCUAGUUUAGAUGGAGAUGUGAAAUUUUUCCAAGUUUAUAUGCAUAACGAAUCAAAACCACGCUGUCUUCAUCAAUGGCAACCGCAUGAUGGCAAAGCAUUGUCUUGUUUAUUUUUCUUAGAUGAUCAAUUAACAUUUAUACCAGAUGUGCAAUUUUGGAAAUUCGCAAUAACUGGAUGUGAUAAUAAUUCCGAAUUAAAAGUAUGGUCAUGUGAAUCCUGGACAUGUUUACAAACCAUACAUUUUAAAUUGGAUCCAACAAUCUUAACACCAUCCACGGCUCCCACAACAACACCACCCAUACCGUCAACAACUAAUUCGUCAUCUUCAUCAAUUUGCCUUAAAGCUGGUCUAGAUAAUUCAGCUGGUUAUUUAAUAUUAUCAGACAUACAAAAUCGUAUAUUAUAUGUGUGUCAAAUACAUAAAGAUUUAAAUGAACCAUCGGCAAAGUUGGAAAUGCUUUCGCAAUUUUUUUUACAAGCUCCAAUUUUGAGUUUUGGUAUUAUUGAUGCAGGUGUACGAAAAUUAAAAUGUUCAUCGAGUACUGAAGAUUUAUAUCAAGAUGGCAUAGAAAUCGAAGAUGGUAACAUAGUUGCAGUAAGUGUACGUAUGUAUAUCGUACAGCCAAAAAGUUUACAAGAAUGUCGUAUUGUUUAUCAACCUCAAUUAGCUACGAAUAAUUCAGCAAUCUCAACAAUUACAGAGAGCAUUGUUUUUUUACCUGAUAAACCAACCAGCAAUUCAAAAGCGGACGAAGAUGAUGAUGCAAUUGUUGAAUCGGUUCAACAAAGCUCUACCGUUGUCAACAAUAUAAUGGAUGCAGAAAUCACAUCGAAUCAUUUAAUGCUCGAGGUUAUGAAUCCAACGACACCGCUAAAUUUAAUGACCCCAGAUUCGUUUAAUUCACCAAUACGACAUAAUUCUGAUGAAUUAACUAAUGUACAAGUUCCAACAUCUCAACCACAAUCAACAGCAUCGUCAGCGAGUUCAUCAACUUCCUCGAUAGAUCCGGCUACAACGGCGGUGGUAUCCACAGUUGAUAAGACUGAUCCUAUUACUAAGGUGCCAGAUCUUGAUGAUUCUGGAGGUGUGGACGAAGAAUCAAUUGUUUUUCAACGUAUGCCAAAAGAAUCUUCAACUACAACAUUCGCUAGUGGAGGCUCGAGUCCUAGCCGGGAAGUACAAGAAAUAUUUUCGUUGAAUUCAGCGACAAAUUAUCAUAAUGAAUUUUAUGAUGAAAGUGAUGUGAAAAUUGAGGAUGUGGAAACUAUUAAGACUGAAAAUUUAACAAAUGAUUCUCAUGAUCAAGAUAACAAUAUCUCAGCAAUUGAAGAAGGUGAUGAAUGGCCAAAAAUGGCCAUCAUGAAAGUCGAUGAAGUAAUUAAAAGUGAAGAGAAUCGUAUGCCAAAUCAUCAUAUACAUCAUUUCCAUCAUCACGCACCACCUCCCCAGCCUCCGCCACAAGCUUCAUCAGCACCACCUAGUGCAUCAUCUUCAUCCAAUAAUAAUGAUUUAAUCGAUUCAACUUCUUCCACAAAUAACAAUAAUUUAACCGAUAAAACGUUACGAUUAAAAAUGUGCACACUAGAAGAACAAAUAAAACAACAGAAUGUACUGUUAUUAGAAUUAACACGGCAAAUUAGUGAAGUGAAUAAAUUAGAUAAACAUCAUUCAACAAAUAAUAGUGCACAAACACAAACAGCGAUUAAUCAGCUGAAAACACAGUUAACGCAACAGAUUGAACAAAGCUUUCAACGGCAUACACAUGAACAAAAUCUUAUGUUGGAACAGUGGAUGGUGUCUAGAUCGAAAAAAGAACGAGAGUAUCAAGAAUCGUUAAUGUCAAUUGUGUCACAAGUUAUUGGCAACAAUAUUAUUGAUAAAUUAGAUACAAUAAUCACAAAUGAAAUAAAAAAACAUAUAAUCCCAGAAAUAAUUGGGUCACUGGAACCAUUAAAACGACAACUACAUAUGGAAAUGACACAAAAAUUAACUACCACCGAUCAUUUACUAAAGGAAAACAUAACAAAAUUAGUACAUAGUAAAAGUGUUAUGGAUGUACUCGGACAAUCUGUAACACAAUCGUUACGUCCAUAUAUUGAAAAUUGUUAUAAGGAUACAAUCGGUAACACGAUUUUACCUGGUUGGGAACGUACAUGCCAACAAAUGUUUCAACAAAUACAUGAUACAUUUACUUGCGGUACGAAAGAGUAUACAGUUUGUCUAGAAACACAUUUAGAAAAACAACGAAAAGUUCAACAACAAUAUGAGAAAAGUGGACGAGAUCAUAUGGUACAGCAAUUACAAACAAUUACAGUGGAGGCAAUUAGAACGAAUUGUGAACAUAUAUCGAGUACGUUAUCGUUGGAAAUACAACAGCAGAUACAAAAAACAUUUAUUGGUUUUCAAGAAAAUUUAAAAUUAGCAAUUCGACAAGAAGUUAAAGAUCAAAUUGAUAAAGGUUUUCGUAAUCAUGCUGCUGUACUAGAAGAUAGUGUUAUUAAUGCUGUUAAAUCACGUGCUGUCACACCUUCGCCACAUAUAAUUGAUUCACAGGUUCAACAAGCACAAAUUCAACAAUUAAUAUCACAAGGUAAAUAUAAUGCAGCAUUUCAGCAAGCAUUAUCAGCUUCGGAUCUAUCGUUAGUGGUAUACACUUGUGAAAAAGUGAAUCCACAAUUAAUAUUUAAUCAAACGCCAUGUUUAUUACAACAAAACGUUUUAUUAUCAUUAAUUCAACAAUUAUCCGCUGAUAUGACUAAUCAUACGGAAAUUAAAUAUAAAUACUUAGAAGAAGCAGUAAUGAAUUUACAAACAACAAAUCCAAUGACACGAGAACAUAUGCCAAUUGUUCUAAAAGAAUUACAAAGACAAUUAACGACAUUUAUAAAUUGUAAUCCAAAUAAUAAAAUUACACGGCAAAUGAAAAUGCUUUUAAUGGCGACACAUUCUUUAAUACAGUAAUUAAAUUAAAAGAAUAAAUAACUUAAUUACUUCCAAAAGAUUUUUUAAACAAAAUAUACGAUUUAUUAAUGAGAAUGGUGACUGGUGUUGUCAAUCGAUCGAAUCCAAAUAGGAUCCAAAUGACGACAUAUAAAUCAAAAUGCGAAAUGAUUAUUUUUUAAGCAAAUCAGAUUUUAUUUCAAAAAAAGAACGUCGCGCGAUGUGGUUUAUUACAAAGUUUACUUUAAAAAAAAUGAAAAAAAGCAAUAAAAAAUAUGUAUUGUUUUAAAGCAUGUGUAACAGAAUUAUGAGGCUUUUUUGUACAAAAAAAAAAAAAAAAAAAAAAUAUUAUUUGACGUUAUACAAGAGACGAGAAGAGUAUUAUCAUGGUUUUAAAAUAUGUA